CCACGAGACAUUGUCUUUCUUGGACAUGUUCUCAGGAUACCAUUAAAUCCCGAUGUCACGCGAGGACGAAGAAAAAAUGGCGUUCGUGACUCCCUUCGGAAACUUUUGUUUCGUCGGAAUGCCGUUCGGACUGAAGAACACGGGCGCGACAUACCAAAGAAUGAUUGACUCGGUGUUCUCACACCAGAGGGGGCGGAACAUCGAAGCGUACGUAGACGACCUCAUCGUCAAAACCAAGGCUGGGAACUCGCACCUAGAGGAUCUACGAGAGACAUUUGAGGUGCUCCGCAAACACAGCAUCCGCUUGAACCCACUGAAGUGCGUCUUUGGAGCGGAAGCAGGGAAGUUUUUGGGGUUUAUGAUAACCAAGCGCGACAUCGAAGUGGACCCAAAACAAAUCACGGCGGUCCAACAACUGCGGGCCCCAAGGAGCGCGCUGGAAAUCCAAUCCGUGAAUGGGAAGAUAGCAGCGCUGGGGAGAUUCAUCCCAAGGUCGGCCGACAAGUGCGCGCCCUUCUUCAAAACACUCAAAAAUGGCGCGAAAUUCGCAUGGACCAAGGAGUGUGAAGCAGCCUUCCAAGAGCUGAAAUCAUAUCUUGUAUCCCCCCUAUGUUGACAGCUCCCAAGCUUAAUGAAAAGUUAUUCCUUUA